AUGUCUUCCGGCCAGCCAGUACCCACAAAGCUGCCCAGCAACUACCAAGUCGUUCCGUAUCAGGAAAUUCGCGUUUCUCAUCAUCCAUCGUCCUCUCCAGAUCCAACUCCAGUGUUGAUCUGCAUACUCUACCGACUGGACCAUAACAAUGCCUUUACCGACGUGAUGACAGACGAGCUGGAACACUUCUUUGGUCUAGCAAGUAUCGACGAUCGGGUGAAGGCGAUAAUUCUCGCUGGUCACGGAAAGAUGUUUUGUGCCGGGCAGGAUCUGAAUCAAGGGUUCAAGCUUCAAGGCAACGGCAAGAAUGAGACCGACAGAACGCAUCGUGAUGGGUAUCUUGGCCCUGUCUUUCUUGUAUUUGAAGAUGCUGACAAUCUUCUAGAGGAGGCAGAGUCUCUCUUGCCAUUCACCACUGCACCAAGCCAACCAUCGCUGCAAUCCACGGGCAUGCAAUCGGUGUAGGAAUCACGAUGACACUCGCAGCAGUAAUGCGAGUCGUUUGGAACAAAGCAAAGAUAGGAUUUGUCUUCUCGCAACGAGGAGUGGUGAUGGAGGGCUGUUCCUCUUUCUUCCUGCCGCGGUUAAUCGGCCACGCACGGACACUUCAACUCGCCACACUAGGAGCAACUCUCACCGCAGACGCGCUUGUGCUCGACGGACUGUUUGCUGAGCUAUGUGAGAAACAAGAAGGAGUACUUCCACUAGCCUUGAAAAUUGCAGACUACCUUGCGAACAAUACGAGCACGGUGAGCACAUUCAUGAUGAGAGAGAUGUUGUACCGUGGGCCGCAGAGCGCAGAGGAGGCGCAUUUGCUCGAGAGUAGAGUCAUGGGACAUAUGAGGGGCAGCCCGUAAGUCAUCGUCACCAUAUUCUGGCCGUGGGUCAUACUGAGGAUGGUUUGCAGAGAUAACGACGAAGCAGUUGAUGCUUUCCUAAAGAAGCGAAAGCCAACCUUCACAGGCAACGUGCAGAGAGACUCGCCGCCUGUUUGUCCCUGGUUCUCGCCUGUGAACACCAGGAAUGGGGCAAUGGCUGAUCCGACUACGAAUGCUAAGCCGAAGCUCUAG